AUCCAGGUUGAAAUCCAAGAUGGCCCGCACACCACCUAGGCCAGGUCGGCUGGUUCGUUUGUUUGCCGUGUUUGCGCAUCUCUGGCCCUUUGGGGAAACCCCCUCCCAAUACAGUAACAGAGUGUUUCUAUUCCCACCGCCUUGGCCCCUAGAGGCCUAGUCUACGAUCCCGUGAAACCCCGAACCCCAGCCUGAUGAAUGAAAGUACCUUAAAACAGGCAGUCCAAGCAGCAGCAGCACGCCAGGGCGCCGAGCAGCGCGCCGAGGCAGCCGUCACGGCCGCUGCUCUGUUGCUGCUGGGGCUGCGCGUAGUAGCCCUGCUGCGGCGGGGGGUAGCCGCCCUGCUGGCCCUGGUAAUAGCCGCCUUGCUGAGGAGGGUAGCCACCGGCGCCGGGAGGACCUUGGGGCGGGUAGUAGCCGCCCUGGCCGGGAGGAGGAGAGCCGUAGCCCAUGUUGGGUUGCUGCUGGUAGUAGCCCUGGUCGCCGCCGUGGGGAGGGCCGCCGUAAGGGCCUUGGUCCUGGCCGUAGGACGCCGGAGGGUAGGCCGGGGGUUUGUCGUUGUGCGACAUUGUUUCUUUUGUUCGGUGUGUGUGUGUGUAUGUGUGUGUGUUUCUCGGUGGUGAGGUUUAGACGUAAGACGCGCAGGCGGCAAAGCGAGUUGUCGAGAUGGCUGGUUUGGAUUGCGAUCCUUGUGUGCGAGCUGACGUUG